GGUGCGCAUGCGCGGAAAACUGGUGACAGUAACUUCUUUUCAAACAAAUGUGCUCCAAAUGUGAUCGUACAUGCAUAUGAUUGAUUUUUUGAUGUAAUUGUAAAAAUAUAAUAAACGAUCAUGAAGAGCAGGUUCACCACGGUGGAUAUCAGGGCUGUGAUUGCCGAAAUAAGUGCAAAUUACAUUGGGAUGAGAGUAUACAACGUGUACGACAUCGAUAACAGGACGUACCUUAUCCGGCUACAAAAGCCUGACUCUAAAGCUGUUCUGCUGAUUGAGUCCGGGACACGGAUCCACUCCACAGACUUCGAAUGGCCCAAGAACAUGAUGCCUUCAGGGUUCGCUAUGAAAUGCCGGAAACACCUGAAGUCGCGGCGGCUAACCCAGGUGAAGCAGUUGGGCAUGGACAGAAUAGUGGACAUCCAGUUUGGCUCCGACGAGGCUGCCUACCACCUCAUCAUUGAGCUCUAUGACAGGGGUAACAUCAUCCUGGCAGACUAUGAGUACACCAUUCUGAAUCUGUUGCGGUUCCGUACUGCAGAGGCUAAUGACGUGAAGAUUGCAGUGAGAGAGCGCUACCCUGUGGAGAAAGCACGGCCUCCAGAACCUCUCAUCAGCCUAGAACGACUGACAGAAAUUCUGAGGGAAGCUCCAAAUGGGGAGCAAGUGAAGAGAGUGUUAAAUCCUCAUCUGCCCUAUGGAGCUACCCUGAUCGAACACUGUCUUAUUGAAGCUGGACUGCCUGGCUCUGCUAAAGUCGACAACAAGGUGGAUGCGGCAGAAGUGGCUCCUACAAUACUCAGAGCUCUGGAGAUGGCAGAGGUCUACAUGGAGAAAACUGCAAACUUCAAUGGCAAAGGUUAUAUUAUUCUGAAGACUGAAAAGAAACCAAGUCUGACCCCGGGUAAACCAACUGAAGAACUGCUCACAUAUGACGAGUUCCACCCAUUUCUCUUCAGCCAGCAAAGACAGAGCCCACACCUGGAGUUUGAGUCUUUUGACAAGGCGGUGGACGAGUUCUUCUCUAAGAUGGAGAGCCAGAGGAUUGACAUGAAAGCCCUGCAGCAGGAGAAACAGGCUCUGAAGAAGCUGGAGAACGUCAAGAAGGACCACGAGCAGAGGCUGGAGGCUCUGCACCAGGCCCAGGAGGUGGACCGUGUGAAGGGGGAGCUGGUGGAGAUGAACUUGCCCAUGGUGGACAGGGCACUGCAGGUGGUGCGCAGUGCUCUGGCCAACCAGGUGGACUGGACUGAGAUCGGAGCCAUCGUGAAGGAGGCGCAGGAGGCUGGAGACCCUGUAGCCUGUGCUAUCAAAGAGCUCAAACUGCAGACUAACCACAUCACCAUGAUGCUGAGGAACCCAUACAUAACUGAGGAGGAUGAAGAGGAGGAAGAGGAGAUUGUGGAGGAGAAAGGGAAGAAAGGCAAAAAUAAGAGUCAGAAGAAACUUCAGAAGAACAGACCUGUGCUGGUGGACGUGGACAUCGGCCUGUCUGCCUACGCCAAUGCCAAAAAGUACUAUGACUUUAAACGGACUGCCCAAAAUAAGGAGAAGAAGACCAUUGAGGCUGCAGAUAAGGCCAUGAAAUCUGCAGAGAGGAAAACCCAACAGACAUUAAAAGAAGUUCAGACAGUCACCACCAUUCAGAAGGCCCGGAAGGUGUACUGGUUUGAGAAGUUCCUGUGGUUCAUCAGUGCUGAGAACUACUUGGUGAUUGCAGGCCGAGACCAGCAGCAGAACGAGAUGAUCGUCAAGCGUUACCUCAGGGCUGGUGAUGUUUACGUCCAUGCUGAUCUUCACGGAGCCACGAGCUGCGUCAUCAAGAACCCCACAGGAGAGCCCAUCCCCCCACGCACCCUGACUGAAGCGGGAACCAUGGCUGUGUGCUACAGCGCUGCCUGGGACGCCAAGAUCAUCACCAGCGCCUGGUGGGUCCACCAUCACCAGGUGUCCAAGACGGCUCCUACAGGAGAAUAUCUGACCACUGGAAGCUUCAUGAUCAGAGGCAAGAAAAACUUCCUCCCUCCAUCUUACCUGAUCAUGGGCUUUGCUUUCCUCUUCAAGGUGGAUGACGAGGACAUUGUGCGGCACAGAGGAGAGCGUAAGGUGAAGACUCUGGAGGAGGAUCUACAGGAGGUCUCAUCCAGGACUGAGGAGCUUCUGGAGGAGCAGGAGGAAGAGCUGGACGGUGGAGACAGCAGUAAUGAAGAGCAGGAGGAACAGAAGGAGACAGAGAUGAACACUGAACCAGGGGGCAACUCAAGUGGAGAGCUGGCGGAAGUCAGCCAGAGGGACAGAGAGGAGGUCGGAGAGCACGCCAGCGAGGAGGGAGAGGAGGAGACGAGCACAAAGGACACAGAGGAGGAGACGAGGACAGAGGAAGCAGAGGAAGCAGAGGAAGCAGAGGAGAAGACAAGGGGGGAGGAAGAAGAGAUCAGCUUCCCAGACACCACCAUCUCCCUGUCACAUCUACAGCUCAACAAAAAUGUGCCAAACCCCAGCUUUAAAGCAGAAGCUGUGUCUAAGGUUGAAACUGACUCACAAGGAAGAAAACACAUGACGGCCAAACAGAGGAGGGAAGAAAAGAAGAAAAAGCAGAAGCAAGACUGGGAGGAUGUCGAAGUGAAAGAAAGGAGCGAGGGAUCGACUGGAGAGAGGAGUGAGGAGCGGAAGGAGAGAGGAGGAGGAGGAGGAGGGCCGUCUCAACAGCCACUCAAACGGGGGCAAAAGAACAAGCUCAAGAAAAUCAAAGAGAAGUACAAGGACCAGGACGAGGAGGACCGUGAGCUCCGGAUGCAGCUUCUGGGGUCUGCAGGGAGCAAGGAGGACAAGGACAAAGGAAAAAAAGGUAAAAAGAAGGACGAGCCAGUGAAGAAGGGACCCCCCAGGCCUCCUCAGAAGCAGCCCCCUAAAGCCAGAGGGGGAGACAGUAAAGUGAAGACUGAGCCUGGAGAGGAGGAGGGGACAGGGGAGCGACAGGACAAACAGGAGGAGCAGGACGACAAGGAGGAUGACGUGGACCAGGACAACCCUGGAGCUGAGGAAGCUGAGAGCCUGCUCACCUCUCUGACAGGACAGCCCCACUCUGAAGACGUGCUCCUGUUUGCUGUGCCCGUGUGCGCCCCCUACACCGCACUCACAAACUACAAAUACAAAGUGAAGCUGACCCCAGGGACACAAAAGAAAGGCAAAGCCGCCCGCACUGCAGUUCUGAACUUCAUGAAGUCCAAAGAGGCCUCGCCAAGGGAAAAGGACCUCUUCCGCAGUGUUAAGGAUGCAGACCUAUCUAGAAACAUGCCGGGCAAAGUCAAAGUAUCCGCACCCAACCUCCUUGCUGUAAAGAAGAAAUGAAAAGUAACAGUAUUUUAAAAUAUUGUAAUUUUCUUUUUGUUCAUAAUAAAUAUAAUUGAAUUGCUGAUGCCA